AUGGCUCAGCCCAAGGGUACGGUGGUCCUCGCCUACAGUGGGGGCCUUGACACCUCCUGCAUCCUGGUGUGGCUGAAGGAGCAGGGCUAUGAUGUCAUCGCCUACCUGGCCAAUAUUGGGCAGAAAGAAGACUUUGAGUCAGCACGAAAGAAAGCUCUGGCGCUGGGGGCCAAGAAGAUUUACAUCGAGGAUAUCAGCAAGGAGUUCGUGGAGGAGUUCAUCUGGCCGGCAGUGCAGGCCAACGCUCUCUAUGAGGACCGGUACCUGCUGGGCACUGCGCUGGCACGGCCCUGCAUCGCCCGCAAGCUGGUGGAGAUUGCCCAGAAGGAGGGAGCCCAGUACGUCGCCCACGGGGCCACUGGCAAGGGCAACGACCAGGUUCGGUUCGAGCUCACCUGCUACGCCCUGUGUCCUAACAUCAAGGUCAUCGCACCAUGGAGGCUGCCAGAGUUUUACCAGCGCUUCCCCGGGCGCCGCGAGCUGAUGGACUACGCCAAGAAACAUGGGAUCCCGGUGCCUGUCACACCCCAGACGCCCUGGAGCAUGGAUGAAAACCUCAUGCACAUCAGCUACGAAGCUGGGAUCCUGGAGAACCCCAAGCCAGCACUCCUCUCCUUGGGGAAGAUCCCCCAGUCUCACGGCUCUGCCAAGCCCACAUCCUUCCCAAAGCCAACUCGGAAAAAUGGGGCCAGUUUAGCAGAGAACAGAGCAGCGACCCCAUCUCCGAGCAUCCUCCGCUCGGACACCUCUCCCUCCGCCAGCGCCAAGAG